UUACAAGCCAAUUCCGUUCCAACCGGUUCCCAUCCUCUUCAAAAUCAUCUGAGAAAAAGUAAAAGGAUUACGAUGACAAUUAAUUUCGAAAAAUCGAGUAUUCAAGACUCCCGACUUUUUGACCCCAUAAAGGUCGGGAAUAUGGAACUUCAACAUCGUAUCGUCCAUGCUCCGGCUACCCGAUUGCGCUGUCAUGAAGAUGGAAUGGUAAUGACAGAAUUGGUAAGGGAAUACUACAGCCAAAGAAGUAGUGUACCUGGAACAUUGCUUAUAACAGAGUCUAUUUUCUCUGGUCCAAAGUCAGGUGGCUUCACCAAUAUUCCUUGCCUGUACAAUGAAAAGCAUGCUGAAGCAUGGAGACCGAUUGUGAAGGCAAUUCAUGAAAACAAGUGCUUUGUCUUCAUGCAGUUUUGGAAUCUUCCAGGAGAAUUAAAGCCGGAGUACCUUCUCGACCAAGAAAACCUGGAAAAUAUCAGCCAAGGAGAAUGUCCCAUGGACCCAACAGGAUUACCAGCAGCCCUAGGCGGUGCUUUUUCCAUAUGUGGAAAAGAAUUGUACAUGGACAAGUAUAUGUCUAAAUAUGAUAUAGACGAGCAUAUCUCAGAGUACACUGAAGCCGCCAAACGGGCUGUAUUUCAAUGCGGUGCAGAUGGCAUAGAAGUUCAUCAAGUUAAUGGUUUUUUGUUGGAUAAAUUUGUUCUAAAUGGAUUUGGUGAAAACUGCGAUCCAAAUUACAGAGGAACGUAUGAAAACCGUGUUCGAUUUUGUUUAGAACUUCUUGAGUCAGUUGUCAAAGCAAUUGGACAAGAACGUGUGGGAUACCGUAUAUCGCCCUACUCAGAUAUUUGGAAAUCAAAAGACCAUAUGGAAGCGCACAUGUAUAUGGUACAGCAACUUCGAGUCAAGUUUAAAAACCUUGCUUACUUGCAUGUGAUAGAACCUCGAGCGUAUUGGACAGGGCAUCAGCAAAUUCUUCAAGAAGAAGGUUCCCUAAAAUAUCAAAAGUUAUGGAAUAAACCACUGUUGAGUGCUGGAGGUCAUGAUCGUGAUUCCGCUUUACAAUUGGCAACCCAAGAUAAUGUUUUGGUUGCCUUUGGGAGAUACUUUUUGGCCAAUCCAGAUUUGCCAUUCCGUCUUAAAUUUAAUAUUCCCUUAAAUCGAUGGAAUCGUGCAAAAUUUUACACAAAGAAGAGCCCAGAGGGCUAUAUCGAUUAUCCAUACUGUGAGGAAUUUUUGAACAAGACAUCAGAAGCUAAAAAUCAAAAGGUAUCCUGUGGAAAAGAAAGAAUUUUUAAUUGAAUCAUGCUUUCUUUCUUUUCUUUUCUUUCCUUUUUUUUUUGUCAUUCGGAUUGCAUAUGCCUUGUCGCCAAUGCUCAUUGUUUAUAUCCCACAUCGACAAUCAUGCAAACAUUUUCAAUGAUUACUUAUAGAUAUAUCCUUCAAUCUAUUAAAUAACAGUAAUUACAUGACUUUGCUUUAGCUUUUCGUUUUAUUCAAUUCUUUACUUUUCCAUUAUCAUAUUAACGAUAUUAUUUUCUCGAUAUUGUCACUUGUUCCCUAGAAGUCCUUUGAAGGCAUUCAAAGUCCAUUCUUAGUUUCAUAAAUCAUUGCAAUGAGAGAAGUGAAUUUUGUAAA